AUGUUUAAGUGUUACAUUAGAGUGUUAGUUGAUUCAUUUACUCAGGAAUAUAACAUGAGAUAUUGCAGUAUGCGCAGUGGAACGUGUACCUUUCUUCCUGAUACCGCCAGGAAAGAAAUGUCGGAGCGAGUCCACGCGCUAUCAUCAACCAGACCACCGUCCGAAAGUCUGUUCGAGCCAUGCAUGCAUGCGAUUUUAUCAUACUUACGGAAGCAACAUGCUAUUUUUGUUGUCUCGCAACAAUUCGAUGAUUUAAUGAACCAAAAUAUGGAGCCGGAUGAGCCAACAACGGCUUUCUCAGCAGACCCAAACCUUCCAGCAACUUCUGGAUGCCGAGCAUGCGCUUCAACAAGUGCAGAAACUCUUCUUAUGGAAGUUCUGGAGCCUGACAGGGGUUUGACUACUUGUUCCAUUUUUAGACUGAAAUCAACAAGGCGUAAUGUUGCGGUGCAGAGCACCAGCAAACGUGAUUCUUCCUUAUCAUGUAGUGCCGCUUCCAGUGAGGAAAACGGAAACCGCAAAGGAGUCACGAGACGACACGCGGAUCAACGACUACCACUGCAAAGGGUGCAAGGAGUGAGCAACUUUUUGAGCCUUAAAUCUUGUUGGCUGAAGUAUUUCCAUGCUUUUGGCAGCAACUAA